GCCUCGCAUAUAUGAAAUGAUUAUUAUCUUAUAUAUAUUUGCUUAUUCAUAACAACUAAAUAUUUUAUUUUUCGAAAAAUUUUAUUUUUUUAAUUAUUUAUUACACACAAGCAUAAAUUGACUAGUAUAAUUACAGAACAACAGAAAAAUUAAUUUAAAAAAAGAUCAACUAAUUUAGAAGCAUUUCUGGUGCUUUCUCUCUUUGAUUUUGGAGGAAAUGGUCGAAUUUCAUUACUUUCAAUGAGAUAAAUGAAACGUAUCUGUGGUCAGAAUUUCUCUUUCUUGAGUGUAUCAUUUUUCUGAGAAUCUAUCAUAAAACGACAAAUUGCAUUUUCUUUUCUCAGCUUAAUUAGCUUAAAAAUAGGAAAUUGAAAACAUAAAAUAUCAAAUAUAUUACAAUCUAAGAACAUAAUCUUCAUUAAGAUAAAUUGAUUAAUCCUCACUUUAAUCUUUUCUUAUUGAGCUUAUUAAUAUAUUUACAACUUAAAUGAAAUGAAUUGAUAUUUUCUGUAAUCAGAUGGACAAAUUUAAUAUAAUUUCAUUUAUGGUACUAAAUAAAUACUCUUAUAUCAUUGAAAACUCUUUCAUAUUCAUUCUCAAUGUCUAUUAGAAACUGUAUUUUUCUAUUAUACUCACAUAUAAUUAUUUAUUCACGUUUAUCAUAAUUGUUCAACCAGACAAUGGAACAAGAUAAAGAUACUCUCUUUACAAAAGAAAUUCAUGAUUGGGAAGACUUUUGGAAAGCAUUUGAAAAUUGGGCAUUAUUUAUUAUCAACCAGUAAAUAUUAAACGUACUUUGGUGAAACUUAAUAUGGUUUAAGAAAUAUUCAAAUAUCGUUCAUAUACAUUCGACAUUUAAAAUUUAUAUUGAAAAUUGUCAAUUAUAUAUAUGUUUAGUGCAAAAUGCGAAUUUAAAAGGUUUACCUGUUGCUUAUUGCUUAAUGAAACUUAAUGAUUUUUCUGAAACACAAGCUACUAUGAUUGAUAAACAUUUAACAAAUGCUGAUAUUUUACAAGACUAUUUUGAUAAAGCACGAACAUUAUUAUGUGUAUUCCAUGUUUUGAAAUAUUUACAUGUUCAAGUUCAUGCAAUUGAAAUUCCAUCCACAAACCGAAUGAAUAUUAUGAAAAAUAUUCGCAAGUUACUUUAUGAUAAUUAUCAAAUGUCUGUUAUUUGA